AGUUCGCCAGCAGCUCGCGGCACAGAACCUACACAUGGACGUCGACAAUGACCUGGAGCAGCUCAUGGCGCACCUGGGGGAGUUUGGGCCCUACCAGAUGCGCCAGUUCGCACUACACAUAAUGGCCGCAUUCACAGCCGGCAUGCACAUGCUCUCACUGGUAACCGUCGCCGCAGUACCGGAUCACAGGUGUGCAAUUCCCGGAGUUGACGUGAAUGGCAGUGUAGCUCCUUGGAACACAAGUGAGCUGACAUUCCAUAUACCGCGUGGAAAGGACGGUCUCGAUUCCUGCCGUAUAAUUGACCACUCGACGAACCAAACAAUCAAGUGUGACUCUUGGGUGUUUGAUAAUACGUAUUACGAAUCGAGCAAAGCAAUAGAGUGGAAUUUUGUUUGUGACCGCCGAUGGAUGGGAGCUGUUGCACAAUCUGCGUACAUGUUCGGUGUUUUUACUGGCGCUGUUGUGCUGGGGAGCCUCGCUGACAAGUUUGGACGAAAGACUAUAUUUUACCUCUCAGCUGUAAUGCAGCUUCUUCUUGGUGUUGGAGUGGCAUUUAUACCUGAAUACUAUACAUUCCUAGUAAUAAGAUUCCUGUAUGGAGUUUUUGGAUCUGCAGGUUCCUACAUCACAGGAUUUGUAAUGACAAUGGAAAUAGUUGGCCCAUCAAAAAGAACCAUCUGUGGGGUAACAUUCCAAGCCAUGUUUGCUGUUGGUGUUAUGAUGGUUGCAUUUUGGGGAUAUUUUAUAAAAGACAGCACACUGCUUCAAGUUGUAUAUGGACUACACAGUACAAUUCUCAUUGCACACUGGUGGCUUAUUGAUGAAUCGCCCCGCUGGUUAUGGGCUCAAGGGCGAGUCACUGAAGCAGUGAAGAUCGUUGAUCGUGGUGCACAAGUCAAUAGCAACUCAGAAAAAGUGGAUAUAGCACACUUUGUUUCCAAAGGUGCACUGUCUGCACAGAAGCAAGAAACUGUUGCAUAUAGCCUAUUAGAUUUGUUCAAAACACCAAAUCUUAGAAACAAAACACUCAAUGUUUGUCUCAACUGGUUUGCUAAUAGCCUGGCAUACUAUGGUUUGUCCCUGAACACAGGGAAUCUUGCAGGAAAUCCAUAUUUAAUUUUAUUCAUUCUUGGGUUGGUAGAAAUACCCAGUUAUAUCAUGACUAUUUUGUUGAUGGACCGUACUGGAAGACGUUCGCUUAUAAGCUCACUGAUGCUGCUUGGUGGGAUAUGCUGUAUCAUAGCAUGCUACAUUCCACAAGAGACAGCAACAGGAAGUGUUUCUGCAGUUACAGUAGUUAUGCUUGGAAAGUUUUUCAUAGCAGGAUCAUUUGCUAUCAUCUACAACUAUACAGCAGAACUUUUUCCCACAGUAGUGCGCAAUACAGCAUUGGGUGUUGGCAGUAUGUGUGCACGUCUCAGUGGUGCUUUGACACCUCUAAUCACACUUCUGGACUCCUUUGAUAAAAAGCUACCUUCUGUUAUCUUUGCCACAAUUGCCAUUGCUUCAGGCUUAUUAUCACUUUUACUCCCGGAAACACUGAAUAAGCCAAUGCCUCAAACUUUAGAAGAUGGUGAGAAAUUUGGGGAAGGAGACACAGCAUGUGCAAGUUGUUUUGGAAGAAGCAAAGAAAAAUAUGAAGUUCCUCUUGCUAGCAUGGAAUGAAUGGUAUUUCAUUUAAUAAACCUUGUUCAAAGUGUGAAUGAAAAUAAAGUACAAAUAUUUUCAGUUGAAAUACUUUCUGUCCUGAACAAGUGUGUGGAUUAUCUUUAUUAGUUAAUCAAUAUCAGUGAAUGAAAUACAAAAAGUAUUAAACUGUUGCCUCUGAAAUUAGUGUGCCCAUAAGGAAAAAUAAUAUUAUAUGUACUGUGACCUCUGAACUUUUUGUUUUCAACUAAAUAUUUUAUAGACUAGCAAUUAUAUACACUAGAAAUUGGUCCACACAAAGGACUGUGUGGAAGCUGAAUAUCAUAGCACAAGGCAGUUUCUUACGGGUUCAGUUUGUGUUUUUUUCUGUUGAUAGACUGUGAAAAAUAUGUAAAUAACUAUGAAAGGAAGAUUUUGUACAUCAAUAAACCACCUGUUGCAGCUGUA